GAUUAGUGGGAUUCUUAUUCACCACUUAAAAGCACCGUUCUUUCUCUUUCUCAACUUGAAAGAUUUCUAUUUUUUUCAGAGUCUUAGCCCCCUACCCUCUUCUUUUCCAUUCCCCUUUUCAUCAAUGCUUUGCGGGUCCCUUUCAGAUUAUCGAAUCAUGUUAAAUGUCUCCCGCUUACACCAUCUUCUUCUUCCAUGGCCCUUCCUCCAGGUCUUCGUUUUCAUUCGAUUCUACUAUUGAACUGGCUUAUACUGCUCCUGUUAUUGAAACCCACUUUUCCAACUACAGGACCUGAUGUAGAAGGGGAAGCAUUAAUUUCGCUUCUGAAAGCUCUAAAUGAUACACUCAAAAGAAUUACUGAUUGGAAUGAUCAUCUUGUAAGCCCCUGUUUUAGUUGGUCUCAUGUCACUUGCAAGAAUGGCAAUGUUGUUUCCCUGAGCUUAGGUUCAAAUGGGUUUUCAGGAACCCUUUCACCAUCAAUUAAUAAACUCAAGUACUUGAAUAGCUUGGAAUUGCAAGAUAAUAACUUAUUGGGUGAAUUACCAGAUUACAUUUCAACUAUGGUGAAUCUUCGAUAUUUGAAUCUUGGACAAAACAACUUUCAUGGCUCUAUUCCUGACAGUUGGGGUCGACUUUCUAGCUUAACACACUUGGUGCUCCAAAGCAACCAUCUGAGUGGAUUUGUUCCUAAUUCACUUACUAAUAUCACUUCCUUAACCUUAUUGGAUCUCUCGUCAAAUGAUCUUAGUGGCAGGAUUCCGGAAAAACUGUUGUCAAUUCCAACAUUCAAUUUCACUGGAACUCGUUUAUCUUGUGGAUCAAGCCCGCGAGAACCUUGUGUUUCAAGUCAUCAUAUCGCAGUCUCGAGAAAAAAACCGAGAGUUGAUAUCAUUGUCUCCGCCACAAGCUCUGCUGCGUUUAUUCUUCUUGCACUCGGGGCUAUCUUUCUAUAUCGAUACCGUCAAUUGCAUAAAGUUGAUGAAGUGUUUGUAGAUGUUGCUGGUGAAGAUGAAUGUAGAAUUUCAUUCAGUCAGCUUAGAAGAUUCUCACUUCGAGGAAUCCAAAUUGCGACGGAUAACUUUAGUGAGAACAAUGUUAUUGGACAUGGGGGAUUUGGAAAAGUUUACAAAGGAGUUCUCAUGGACAAUACAAAAGUUGCUGUCAAACGCCUCUCCGAUUAUAAUAGUCCUGGCGGUGAGGCUGCGUUUCUCAGGGAGGUUCAGUUGAUAAGUGUGGCUGUUCAUAAAAAUCUUCUUCGUUUGAUCGGUUUCUGCACGACUCCUUCCGAGAGGAUCCUCGUUUAUCCAUUUAUGCAGAAUCUCAGCGUAGCUUAUCAAUUGAGAGAUUUGAAACCGGGAGAGAAAGGCCUUGACUGGUCAGCAAGAAAACGCGUCGCAUUUGGAGCAGCGCAUGGUUUGGAGUACCUACACGAACAUUGCAACCCGAAGAUUAUACAUCGCGAUCUAAAAGCAGCUAAUAUCCUUCUUGACGAUGAAUUUGAACCUGUUCUAGGGGAUUUCGGUCUAGCAAAAUUAGUAGACACGCAACUGACACACGUUACGACUCAGAUUCGUGGGACGAUGGGACACAUUGCACCCGAAUAUCUUUCAACUGGGAAAUCAUCGGAGAAGGCAGAUGUGUUUGGAUACGGAAUCACACUUCUUGAACUCGUUACGGGUCAGCGAGCGAUAGAUUUCUCUCGGUUAGAGGAAGAAGAGGAUGUUCUACUUCUUGAUCAUAUAAAGAAACUGCUUAAAGAAAAGAGGGUGGAGGAUUUAGUGGACAAGAACUUGAAAAACUACGAUUUGAAAGAAGUAGAGACUGUAAUUCAGGUGGCUUUGGUUUGCACGCAGAGUUCGCCGGAGGAGCGUCCAAAGAUGAUGGAAGUUCUGAGCAUGCUCGAAGGUGGUGUCGAUUUGGCCCAGAGAUGGGCCGAGUGGGAACAGGUUGAAGAGGAAAGGAAUAAGCAAGCCUUUAAUAUGCCUAACCCACUUUUAUGGGCUGAAGACUCAACACAUGAUCAAGAAGCCAUACAGUUAUCACAAGCUAGAUGAACAAGGACAGACACAUAAUUAAUUAAAGAUGUUUAUAUUGUUUUUGUUU